GGGCGUCAGGAGGCUCUGAAGGUUCCCUGUGCACGUGGGGAGGGGGACACCCAGGUGCUGGCAGCAGGGCUUGGGGUGCUCCAGGCGCCCUGGGGGGCUGUGGGGGACACCUGCCCUGCCCCCCUGACCCCCGGUGUCCCCCCGGUGUCCCCAGGGAAGGAGUACGCCAAGGCCGACAGCCGCUACAUGACGAGCGAUGACUUCACGGUGGCCAUGGAGACGGUGACUGCCUGGGCCUGGGGCCCCCUCAGCUUCCUCACCUUCCUCGCCUUCCUGCGCCACCACCCGUCCCGCUACGUCCUGCAGCUCAUCGUGUCCCUGGGCCAGCUCUACGGGGACGUUCUGUACUUCGCCACCGAGGCCCUGGCGGGCUGGACCCACAGCGACCCCCGGCCCCUCUAUUUCUGGGUGUACUUCGUGGGGCUCAACGGGCUGUGGGUGCUGGUGCCGGGGGUUCUGGUGCUCGACGCCUGCCGCCGCCUCAGCGCGGCCCAGCGCGGCCUCGACCGGCCCCGCCACAAGGCCCACUGAGCCCCCCGGCACCGGGGGGGCUCCUCCAGGCCCCCAGAGAGGGGGGUUCGGUGCCUCCGUGGGUGACUGAGACCCACCCGAGGGAUGGUGGGCUGGGUGUGCCCCCGGGGGAUGGUGGGUGGUGUUGGGGGUCCCACCUGCCAUCCUGAGGGUCACACCUGUGGUCCCAGGAGGGGGUGAGGGGGGUCCCACCCUCAUUCCUAGGAAUGG